AUAAUGCGUGCGCUGGUAGCUGUGAAACGUGUGAUCGAUUAUGCCAUAAAGAUUCGCGUAAAGCCGGACAAGAGCGGUGUGGUCAAAGAGAAUGUGCAGCAUUCGAUGAAUCCGUUCGAUGAGAUCGCCUUGGAGGAAGCCAAACCCGGAACAUCCAGAAGAUUUUUUCAGGAAACACUGCGUACUGCUCUGGCAAAAGGCGCUGAUAGAGCUAUACACGUGGAGCUGGACGAUGCCACUGCUGAACGAAUUGAACCAUUGUGUAUUGCUAAGCUUUUACAAAAAAUAGCGGAAGCUGAGAAGCCGGAUUUGAUAUUUCUUGGCAAGCAAGCAAUCGAUGAUGAUUACGGGCAAACAGGACAAAUUCUUGCUAGUUUGUUGAAUUGGCCUCAGGCGAUGUACGCUUGCAGAGUGGAACCAGAAGGCAAUAAAACAUUCGUCGUAACGCGAGAAGUAGAUGUUGGCCAGGAAUCGAUACGGAUCAAGACACCAGCAGUGAUAAGCGCUGAUUUGAGGCUGAACGAGCCGAGAUAUGCGACAUUACCGAACAUUAUGAAAGCCAAAAAGAAACCACUGGAAAAGAAGAAACCAUCUGAUUAUGGCGUUGAAAUUACACAACAAACGCAAAUCCUUGAGGUAACGGAGCCACCGGUUCGGAAAGCAGGCGGAUUUGUGGAGGAUGUGCCAGCGCUUGUUGCUAAACUCAAAGAGAAAGGCGUCCUGUAA